AUGAAUUGCUUAAAAUCAUUUAUAACUUUUCCAUAUUAUUAUUUCUUUGAAAAUUCUCUUUUGAAAUCUGAACAAAAUUUUGGAGAAGAAUUUAAACCUAUUCUUCCUAAAGAUUCACUUAAUAAUAAACGAAAAUUAAUACAAUUAGAAGAUAAACUUAAAGAGUUCUCACCUGAGACAGAAAGAAUUGAUAGAAUUGAUAGAAUUGGUAAAGUAACUUCACUAUCAACAUUAUCAACAUUACCAACGAUAACAACACAUUCAGAUGAAUCAAAAUUCGAUUCUCCAAAUAAUAACUUUACACCGAAGAAAGUAAAGUUUUCACAAACCAAUAUGAUUCUUACAAUUCAUUCAGAACUUGAUUGGGAAGGGGAAUUUUCCACAGCAUAUAAGGUUAAAGAAAUAAAAACCAAAAUUUCAUAUGCAGUUAAGAAAAGGAAAACUCCUUUUAAAUCUCAUAUCGAAAGAAUUGAAAAUUUGGAAGAAGUGGAAAUUAUGUGGAAAUUAGAAAAUCAUCCUAAUUGUAUUCAAUUAUUUUCUGCUUGGGAACAACAAGCAUAUAAUAUUAAAUUAGGGAAUUUAUCUCAACUUCGAUUUAGUUACAAAUCACGUGAAAUCAUUUUGUUGUCAAAGUCAAUGGUAAAAUUUAAUCCCAAUGAACGACCAAAUAUUCAAAAAGUUGUGAACAUAGUUAAAGAAAAAAAAUUAUGUGAUUAA